GAGCAGAAAGACGCCGGCGAUGGGCGGGGCCAGCCGUCCCUCCUGUCAGCGGGACAAACAUGGCGGCCUCCUUCAGCCUGGCAGCGGCUCGUCGGGGCUGCGGGGCUCUGUGUGCGCUGACCCCGGCUCUGAGGCACUGUCCUCGGCCUGUCCUGGCUCUGACACACCGGCACAGCCACGGAGCCCCCCGGAGCAGCCUGUACGAGCACGUCCGGGAGGGAUACAGCGACAAACCGGACCUCAACAUGAGCCACAUCUGCGCCGACCCGGAGGCAGCGGUGGCCAACGUGGAGAGCAGGAAGGGCGAGCUGCGGGGGGACGAUGUGCGCCAGAUUGUGUCUCUGUGGCAGCAGCUGGAGGCGGUGAGAGCAGAAAUCUCAUCUUUAGAGGAGCAGAAACGAGCCAUCGGCGACACCGUCAAAGCCCUGGUGACCAGUAAUGAGAAGAAAUCCCUGUCCUCUCUCCCGGCGUACUCCGCGGCCCGACAGCGGGGCAGGGAGGUCAGACGCAGGCUGAGUGAGCUGGGCCCUAAACAGAACGACCUGGAGGAGCAGUUCUACAGCAAAGCCCUGAGACUCCCCAACGGCACGCACCCAGACGUGCCUCACGGAGACGAGAGCCAAGCCCGAGUGGUGGAGCUGGUGGGACAGAAGCCAAAGUUUGACUUUAAGCCCAGAGGUCACGUGGAGCUGGGAGAGCGGCUGGGACUCAUCAGACAGAGACACCUCUCCCACGUGUCGGGUCAUAGGUCGUACUACCUGAGAGGAGGCGGGGCCAGACUCCAGAUGGCGCUGCAGAACUUUACACUGGACAAGCUGCUCAAACGGGGCUUCAUCCCGCUCACUGUGCCCGACAUCCUCAAGGGGGCAGUCUUUGAGGGCUGUGGGAUGCAGCCUCACGCUCACCGCUCUCAGGUCUACGCCCUGGACCCGACCAGGAGUCCAGACCUGAACCUGGCCGGGACCGGGGAGGUCGGCAUCGCAGGUUUCUUCAUGGACCACGCUGUAAACUGCACAGACCUGCCUGUUCGGACGGUCUGCAGUAGCACAUGUUACAGAGCAGAGACGGACACGGGACGAGAGACAUGGGGCCUGUACAGAGUCCACCACUUUAACAAGGUGGAGAUGUUCGGGGUCACUGCAGAUGAGUCUGGUCUGGAGAGCGCUCAGAUGCUUCAGGAGUUUGUGAAUCUACAGAAAGAACUUUUCACUGAGCUGGAGCUGCACUUCAGAGUUCUGGACAUGCCGACGCAGGAGCUGGGACUUCCCGCUCACAGGAAGUUUGACAUCGAGGCCUGGAUGCCCGGAAGGAACAGCUACGGAGAGAUUUCGAGCGGCUCAAACUGCACCGACUACCAGAGCCGACGCCUCAACAUCCUGUACGAGAGAGAGGACCAGAGUCUGCACUACGCACACACGGUGAACGCUACAGCCUGUGCCGUCCCCCGAAUGAUCGUCUCCAUUUUAGAAACACACCAGACCAAAGACGGGUCAGUGCGUGUCCCCACAGCGCUGCAGCCGUACUUUGGGUCAGAUCUGAUCCAGAAACCAUCGUACUCUCCACUGAGGUACAUCGGCCCCAACCAGCCCAACAAGCCCCCCCGACCGGGCCCUAGAGCCCCCCCGACCGGGCCCUAGAGCCCCCCCGACCGGGCUCUAGAGCCCCCCCGACCGGGCCCUAGAGCCCCCCCGACCGGGCCCUAAGGAGAUCUGACCACCGCCUCUGUCCUCUCACACACAGAGGACCUGCAGACUUUGUUGUACCUCGUUGGUUGGAACUUCAGAUCUCGCUGUUGUGUCAUUGGGCAAGACACUUGACCCAUUUUGACUGUUCUGUGCGGCUGAAACACAAAACUGUCAUUUCUUCUCAUGUGAUG